AUGGAAUCCCCCAUGAUGAUUGACAGCGGUGAGGGCCUCCGCACACAGGUUACAUGUAAUGAUGAGGUCCAGAGGGAUGAAGCCCCCGGAUGCCGCAACAAUCAAGUGCUGCAACCCGACAGCAGCAGUCUUCCAUUUGGUUGGGAAGAGCGUUAUGAUCCAGGACAGCAACGAAACUUCUAUCUCGAUACGAUGACUGGAGCUACACAAUGGGAUCGACCGCAAGGUGACAGUAGUCAGACUACCAAUUCGUUGGAGGCAGCAUCAGCUACGAGUUUGCCACCUGGUUGGCAGGAGUACUUUAGUCCUGCGCACAACACUCACUUUUACGUGGAUACUACAACAGGACUCGCCCAAUGGGAGCGACCUGUUUUGAAACAACCUCAGCAGUUUGGAGACGGUCCAAUGGGUUGGGACGAGCAUUUUGAUGCUGCUCAGCAACGAUACUUUUACGUCAACACUGCAACUGGAGCUUCUCAAUGGGAACGACCCCAGUAUUAUGGGUAA